AUGCCCGGCCGUCAAGCCCACGGCAGGCCUCUAAUGCCCAAGUCGGGCGGCGGAGGGCGUCCCAAGCACAGAGUCAACAACAAGACUGCCGACAGAAAAUCCCGAAACAACGUCCUCGACGCCUUCGCUAUUGCCGCCGAACAAGUCCCCCAAAAGAAAGCCAAGGGCGUCCGCACACGAGACCUCGACGAGCCCGAAGAACGCCCCCAAAAGAGACAACGAGAUGACGAGGACGAUGACGAGGACGAUGACGAAGAUGGGGAUGAGGAAGAUCUCGAGGACGCCAGGCCACAAAAGAAGAAGGCCAAGAACAGCGACGAUUUCGAAGGCUUCUCCGACGGCGGCGAGGACAGCGAUGGCGAGGAAUGGCAUGUUGGUGUAGGCGCUGAUGACGAAGAUUCCGAACUCGACUCUGAUGAGGCCUUUGGCGAGAGCGACGAGGAAAAGUUCGAUGGCUUUGCCUUCAGCGGGAGCAGCUCAAAUAAGAAGGGCAAGAAGGCGAAGAAGGGCGAAAACGACAGUGAAAAGGAGGAAGAUGAGGACGAUGACUUGGAGUCGCUCGGUUCCGACGCCAUCGAUCUCGCCACAGCACUGGAUCAGUAUGAAAGCGACGAGGACGAGGAGGGCGAAGAGCAGUCAGGAUCGGAAGACGAUGCGGACAGCGAAUCGAGCGAAAGCGAAGACAGCGACGACGACAUGGAAGACCCUUCGAAGCUCGACGACCUCCAAAAGAUGAUCUCCGGGUUUGCGGGCGGCGACGACGACGACGAGGAGCAAUCAGGCUCGAAACCAACAAACAAACUCAGUCUCUCAGAUCUCGGCCUCCUUGGCGUCCAGGACCCCCACAUGAAGAAGUCUCUCAAGCUCAUGAACAAGGAGGAAAAGGCCGCCAAGCCUGGGCAAUCCAAGAAGCUCGACAUUCCCCUCGCAAAGAGGCAACAAGACAAGCUCCUCCGCUCCGCCGCCUACGAAAAGACCUCCGAGACGCUCGAGCGCUGGAUCGACACCGUCAAGCACAACCGCCGUGCGGAUCACCUGGUUUUCCCCCUCGCGCAAAAUGCCCACGACGCCGGCCUCGACAGUCAAGAACUCCUUCCCGUGACCAAGGCCACGGCGGGUACCGAGCUCGAACAGACUAUCCUGGCCAUCAUGGAGGAAUCCGGCUUGGGACCCACCAACAAGCCCAAGAAGGAGGACCAGGAUAACGUCGAGGAGAUUGCCGCUCGCAAGGGUCUCUCGGCCGCUGAGAUGCAAGAAAUCACCCGUCAGAAGCGCCGCGAGCGUGAACUGUUCUCGCGCGAGCAGGCCCGCCAGAAGCGCAUCAAGAAGAUCAAGUCCAAGGCGUACCGCCGCAUUCACCGCAAGGAGUUGCUCCACGACGAGCAGGAGAUGCAUGAUGCCAUGGUUGAAGCGGGAGAGAUCGAUUCAGAAGAGGAGCGCGAGGCUCUGGACAGGAGGCGAGCCCUCGAGCGUGUCGGCACUCGUCACCGGGACAGCAAGUGGGCCAAGCUCGGCAAGAAGGCCGGUCGCGCAGUAUGGGAUGACAACUUCCGCGCUGGGCUGACAGAGGCUGCUCGCCAGAAGGAGGAGUUGCGCCGCCGGAUCGAGGGACGCAGAAAGGGCGAGGAGGAUUCUGAAGACAGUGGUUCCGACGAUUACUCCGCUGAGUCUGGCGAUGAGAAGCACAACAAGAAACGGUUGCUGGAACAGCUCGAGCACGCUGCUUCCUACGCGGACGGCGAGGCCGAGUCGGGGCUGAUGCAGAUGAAGUUCAUGCAGCGCGGCGAAGCCCAGAAGAGGAAGGAGAAUGAGGAGAUGAUCGCACAGAUUCGCCGGGAUCUUGACUCCGACUACGACUCUGACGGUGUCGAAGAGACGGACAUCGGUCGCAGGCAGUUCGGUAUGGGCAAGAAGGAGAUCACGCUCCCCGGCCAGCAGGCUGCUCAGAAGAAGAAGGAGAAGAAGAACAUCACAAACGAUAUGUCCAACCUCCAAGUAACACCACAACAAGCAGCUACCACCCAAGUCGAGGACACAUCCCUCGCCGCCUCCGUCGCCGGUGCUUGGUCCAAGGCUCCCCAAGAAGGUCGCAAGAGCACCAAAAAGGCCGCCAAGGCCUCCGUCGGCGAGUUGGACCUCUCCAACGCCGCCAUGCUCGCCUCCAAGCCCAAGCCCAAGUCCAAGGACGCCGCAGCAGCCAAGGACAAGAAGUCCUCUGCUCCCGCCGCCACCGUCGACGACUCCUCUUCCGACGAUGAAGAAACCAUCCACCUCCCCCUCGCCAUCCGCGACCAAGAACUCAUCAAGCGUGCCUUUGCAGGCGAGGAUGUCGUAGGCGACUUUAACCGCGAAAAGGCCGAAGUGGAGAAGGAAGACGACGACAAGGAAAUCGACAACACGCUUCCUGGCUGGGGCGGCUGGGUAGGCGAGGGCAUCUCCAACCGCGAGAAGAAGAGACAUACAGGCCGGUUCGUCACCAAGGUGGAGGGCGUCAAGAAGGAGAAGAGGAAGGAUUUCAAGCUCAAGGGGGUGAUUAUUAAGGAGGGACGGGUUAAGAAGAACGACCAAUACCUCGCCACUUCCCUCCCCCACCCCUUCGAAACCCAAGCGCAGUACGAGCGCUCGCUCCGCAUCCCUGUUGGUCCCGAGUGGACUACCAAGGAGACUUUCCAGGAUGCUACCAAGCCCAGAGUCAUUCUCAAGCAGGGCAUCAUUGCGCCCAUGUCGAAGCCUGUUCUUUGAUGAGUUUGGACAUACUUCUAAUAGCAAGAGGGUGUAUAUCCGACUCGGUCAGUCGGCUAGUUGGUUGGGUCAUUGGUGGUUUUUCUUUCUCUGUGGGCUGGUUGGUUCGCUGGUGCGGUUUUGUUCGAAGGAUGGUUUGCUGGGUACCUAAACAUCUGCUCUGUUUUUCUUGUUUUAUAGUUUUAUGUCAAGGGGCUGGGGACUUUUGUGCUAGUCGCAUACAAACAUACCCACAUACAUAUACAAAGGUAUCUUUUUGGGAAUC